GCCAGAUUGAGGCUCUGUUUCUGUCUCUGUCUCUUCCCAGAGUUUCCGCCCCAUCCCUUAGCAUGCCACCCCACUACCUCCAUCUAACCCGCCAUCAUCGCAUCAUGAUCCAACGGCAAGAGAUCUUCCAGCGCGUCUGGUCGUUCAUCAGAAACCCUCCGACUCUUCUAUUCAUCUUUUGCCUCGUUACUCUGCUAGAGCUGGAGGAAAGCGUGCAGCGCGCGCCGACCAUCCGCCUCCUCGAGAAUGCCAUCUGCCAACGCUACUAUCGCGAUAAGCAGCUCGACGGGCCCGUAGACGAGUUUAUGUGCAAGGAAGACUCGAUUCAGGUCAAACUUGCUCACGUCCGCGGCUUGUUGAGCUUUUUUGAUAGCCUGCCGCUAUUGAUUUUUGGCCCUGCAUUUGGGAAGAUUGCAGACAAACGCGGUCGUCGUCCUGCUUUUGCCUUGGCUGUUUUUGGACUGCUUUGUUCGUUAGGAUGGAUUUACAUGACCUGCGCUUCUUGGAAGCAUAUCCCCGUCGAGGUCGUCUGGGUCUCGUCGCUAUUCCGCAUAAUCGGAGGCGGCCCCGCGAUAGCCAUCGCAAUGUGUCUGACCAUGGUUUCCGAUCUGUCGAGCGAGGCUAACAGGAGCAACUCAUUCUAUCGAGUCUACUCGGCAGUCCUUGUCACGGACCUCAUCGGGCCUCUUAUCACGUACAGCACCCUGAAGCACUCGCUGUGGCUUCCGUACCUUGUCUGCGCACUUGCACUGCUUCUUACGGGGCCAAUCGUGCAAUACAUGCCAGAGACCCUACUAGUAAGGCCCGAGGACGACGAGGAAGAGACCCCGUUCGAGGCCGUGGGUGUGAAGAAAUACAUUCGGUUUUUGAAGGAUCUCAGGAUUCUAGUCGGCGUUGCGACAGUCUUUCUGGUGCAGUUCCGGAGCAACACGAUUGAAAUUCUCCUACCGUACACGUCUGUCCGCUUUGGUCUCGAGAUUGGCGAGUCUGCAACUCUCCUCUCCCUCGUCUCGGCGGUGAAUCUAGUAGUGUUCCUGGUGAUCCUACCUGCAGCUACUUCUGUACUGAAGAAACGCGCGGGCUGGUCCACGACAACCAUCAACAUAUAUGUGGCCAGAGUAAGCAGCGCACUUCUCGUUUCCGGAGCGGUGAUUCUCUCGGCUGCGUCGACGCUAGGCUUCGUUAUUCUCGCGUUGAUCGUCUACGCCGCGGGCUUCGGUGUAAGACUCUCCAUUCUAGCCGUCCUGACCUCGUUCGUCAACUCGGCCCGUGACACAGGCCAGCUGUACACCCUGGUCGCGACAACCGAUGCCAUUGCGCAUAUGAUCGCGAGCCCGUUGCUGCAGUCUGUGUGGAGCCGUGCUCUGAAAUUGGGAGGGAGGUGGAUCGUCCUACCGUUUUUGGUCCUCACGGGUAUAUUCUUCGUCGCGUUUUUGAUCUCCUGUGCGCUGACGGAGAAGCCUGUUAUGCUGGGAGGUGGAGACGGGGAGGAAGAAGUAGAUGAGUCGCAGGAGCCUCUGCUUUCGGGCGAGGAUGAUGAUGAUGAUGAUAAUUAGGGGAUUGAAGCUGAGGGCGGGAGAUGGUAAAUUUGGGUCUAGAUUAUAGCAACUCCAGCAUAAAUUGAUAGUUUUCAACCACCUGGUAGGCAAGACCAAC